AAGUUGUCAAAAUUUACGACGUUUUCAGUCCUCUUUUAUGGAAUCAGUUUUGGAAAAGAGAAGCUUUGAAAAGUCGGUGACUUUAUUUCCAGCAGUUGAUCCCCGCAUGGUUUCCAUGUUGCAUCACUGCACCUGGGUCAAGUAAUCAUCCAUAAUAAACCCAAAGGAGACAAAUAAGGCCUUUGAAAAUGGCAGAUGACCUGUAACUUGUCACCAUGGUUACCACACUGGCUGAUGUUCCCGCCCAUGUGGUACCUCCCCAGGGGGUUGAGCUGAAGCAGUCAGGGGUGUGUGACAAUGAAACAGGUGCAUGGUGUACAGAGAAGCUUGCAGGAGGCAGCAAAUUUGGACCCUUUAUUGGGAGAACUCUUCAGGAAGGGAAGGAGAAGAAGGUUGACUUCAGAUAUGCCUGGGAGGUUUAUGACCCUGACACGCACAAGCUGCUUCACAUUGUGGAUGCCACAGACCCACAGCAUGGUAACUGGAUGAGAUAUGUGAACUGUGCCCGCUACCUGGAGGAACAGAACCUGGUUUCUGUGCAGGAGGGCUCACAUAUUUUCUACAGAGCUAUUAGGGAUAUUUCACCUGGUGAAGAGCUUCUAACGUGGUAUUCGAAGGAAGAAACCCUAUCCAAGAGAAAGAGAAAAGAUAGUGUGAAAAGUCAGCCAGAACCAUCUAGUCCACCAAAGGUUCGCAAGAAACCUGGUCCAAAGCCGAAGAAGGAAAGACUUGAGACCACAGUGGCUGAUAAUGUCUCUGGUGAAAACAGUCAGGGAAUGAAGGACAGUGUGAAAGCCAAGGAGAAAGUUCAAGUCCAUGAGAAGGGAUCAAAAGGGAAAACUGAAGUGGACACUGUUUCACCAAGCCAGAAAUACAAGAGAAGUCAUGAGGGAAAGAAUCAACAAGAAGGGAACGUCAAGAAACGAAAGAGGAAGAAAGCAUUGAGUGAUGAUUUUGUGGAAGGUACAAACUUGGAACAACUGGUUAAUAUCAGUAACCAAACCAUAGAUGAUGGUGUGAAGGAAGGGGUUAUUAAGGGUCACAGCAAGGUUUCGGAAGGUCAUAUUGGUGGUAAAAGUGUACGUGGGUCUAAAGGCGGACGUGGUGGGAAGAGCCCCAGGAAGGCAAGUAACUGUGGCACUAGCAUGAUCUCUCGUGGUACAGGUAGAGGCCGUGGCAAGGCAUCAGUAUCCGGCGCCGGCAUGAAAAGCCCUAAGAAUCUUUAUAAAGCUGCACUAAAUGAUGAAGAUAAGACGAAAGGAAAAGGUGAGGGUAAAGGUCGAGGACGAGGCCGUGGAAGUGGCAGAGGGAAAGCCAUGAGCCCAGUGGUCAAGGUGAAGAAGCUGAAGGAAGAUUCGAUGACAGUAAAUGAUGACAAUAACAAAAAGGUAGCUGAUAAACUGUGGUCUCUGGUAAAAGCUACUAGUUUCGGGAUGAACUCUGCAGCCAAGGAAGGUGAGUACAGCUUUGAGAUUCUGACUCAUCACAGCAUCACCGGAAGAUGGGGGAAGAAGCUGUACCAGUGUGACAUUUGUUCUGGUGUUUAUCGCCAUGCCUUCAGUUUAAAGCGUCAUUACCUGCGCAAUCACAUAUACUGUUAUUACCUGUCUGAGGCUGAUGUGUCAAACUGCAAGAUCAUUAUCAGCCAGCAGGAGGGACUGAUUAAAAACAAACCCAAAAACCUCCCACCUAAGACUGGUAAAUAUUUGGAGGAAAAACAGACUGAGAAAGACACGCGGAAAAGUGAUGCAAACAGCUCAUUGGCUAAGACUGAUGUAUCUGGCGAUGAAUUGGCCAGUGAAACACAGGUUAGACCUUCAUUGCAAACUCGUCCUCAUCCUGUUCUGUUUCCUGGACUGUAUCGCUGUAAUGUUUGUAACAAACUGUUUGACUAUAUAGAAGAUUUGAAGUCCCACACCAAGGAUCAUCCAACUGUUCCCACACAAAAAAUGUUUGCCUGCAACCAGUGUGACAUGAAGUUUGCCUACAAACAGAACCUCAUGAGACAUCAGGCCGUCCACACAGGUGUUCGGCCAUAUGUGUGCAAAACAUGUGACAGAAACUUCCCUACCUCAACUAGUCUGAAGACACAUGAGAGAGUCCAUGCUGGGAAGGCUCCAAAAUGCAAACACUGCAAGUCGUCAUUCACAUGGAGGGUGGAAUUGAAAAGGCACAUGCAGAAGCUGCAUCCUGAAUAUCUCCAUCAUUGCCCGUACUGCAGGAAGAGCUUUCUGGCAAGGAAGGCUUUCCAGCGACACUUGACCACUCAUGAAGAUGAUCCCAUCGAUGUCAAGGAUGAUGUGUCCUUCGACCCACCCCCAUCUCAAGUGCCUAAAAAACAAGCAGCAGUGAGCAGAAAAGGUAAAUCCAAGUCACCUAAGAAGAAAAAACCUUUUGCUAAGCAAACCAGAAAUAAACGCAGACAUUUUAAAUUCUCUUGCACAGUUUGCAAGAAACGCUUCCACAACUACGUGAAUAUGUGUCGUCAUAGGCGUUUAGCACAUCCAGAACUGGCCAAGCUGGAGAAGGUAGCCGUUACAAAAGAGAUUAAGACUGAUGAGAUUAAAGUGGAGCCACAAAGUGAAGAAGAACCAGAGUGGCUUCCAUGUGACGCUACUUUCUUUGCUGGAGUAGCGGAUAAUAUUGCUUACAAUCUAUGCAACCAUAUUGAUGGUGGCGUGCUGGCUUUGGAGAAGUUUUCAACACACAUCAAAAUCCAAGACUAUAAAUCUGUGGCAGCAGUACAUGAAAAACCAGAACUCGCACUAAGAGACAAAAUCUGGACUCGCUACAACUUUCCCUCUGGCUAUGAACCCAUCAUGACAGAUGAGGAGGUGAAGGAUGGAACUGUGGUCCCCAUUCGUAAACCGACAAAGGAUGACACAAAGACAGAUCAAGGCUGCAGUGAAGCCAGUAGUCCCACGCAAACACCACAUGUGCUGAAAAUCCCAGAGUUCCAUCGCUGCACGGUAUGCAACUGUGUCUUUUCUAACUCAGAAAGUUACCAGAGUCAUAUGCAGCAGAAGCAUGAUAACGCAUGUGAAGACAGCGGUCUGGCUGAACUAGAGAACAGUGGUGACCAUGUUAAGGGGGAAACACAGGGGGAAGGUGACGCGGGUCUUGUCCUCAGUGUAGAGGAUGAAGCAAGGGGUAGUGGUUCAGAAGGUCAUAGCCCUUUCCACCAAUAUCAAGAUAUAGCCUUUGGUAAAAACGAUGAUUUGAAAUUCAUAUGUGGUGUGUGCAAGAAGGAUUUUCCAAAUGCAUUAGACCUGGGGUUUCACCAGUACAAGAAACACCCAACAAUAGACUGUACCUUUCUAGAGGUUGAAGGCGAAUCAUCCAUAGACUCGUUGUUUUAUCCAGUGCCCACACAGAUUGGCGAACUUGCUGAGGCUAAGAAAAAGCCUUUGGAUUCCAGGGAAAACCAUUCAUUUACGUGUACGCGUUGUCUUAGUCAUUUUAGUACUGUGACGCGGCUGUACAUUCACAUCAUAAACUGUGCUCCUAAACCGAAAGUGAAACCUCUGCCGGCAGAACCAAAAGGCAGUUUGCAAACCAGAGAAGUCCAGUGGCGAAAAUCCAAGUCUGAGAGUGAUGCCAGUCGGGAAAUCAAUGGGGAGAAAAGUAGGAUGUUUAAGGGCUGUCGCAAGAGAAUGGUGUCAACGUUACCUGAGCCUGACGUUUCUCGUGGAGCUAUCCGACGACGUCAACGUGGAGGUCUAUUGUACAACCCAAGAAAUCAUGUAAGACGACGUGAAAUGACGGAAGUUUUAGAGCGACAUCAGUGCAAUGGCUGCGGGUGUAAGUUCCAGACGAUAUCUCUGUUAGAGAGGCACAUUCGGAAGUGUGACGAAAAGGAAAAACUAAGGAGCGUGAAACCUCUAAAACGGAGUGCCUGCGACCAGAUGUCGCCCAACUCUAAACUUACUUGUCGUUAUUGCUCGCGUCAGUUCACUUACCUCAAAUUCUUAGUGAAUCACUAUCGGGACUUCUGCCGAAUCAGAAAAGAAAAGUUGUCUUGUGGGACACUUACAGACGACGAUUUCAAAGAUGAGGACCGGAUCAAAGCAGCAGCUCUUUCGGCAGCGAACCGCGAACUGGAACGACGAGAGUCUAGCGAGGUGGCCCUCAAUGGAGAAGGGGGCGGUCAAGAUGGGCGGGUGAAACGCGGUUGGCCGCGAGGAAUGAAACGUAAAAAAGGACGCAAAAAUCACUGCUGGACCUAUAUCAAGAAGCGGAAGUCCUCGGACGGAUCGUCUCCAUCUCCAGGAAGUGCCUGGCCCAGCAAAGUUUUUCCGGGAGAACGUCUAUCCUCAUCAGCUGUUUUGCCAUGUAGACUAGAUUUUGAGGAUACGUUCAAAGACUUGAAGGUUGAGGCACCAGAAUUUUCUGAUACCAGCAAUUCUAAUAUCGCUGAAGAGAAAUACGCAGAGAAGGAUAAACAUUUCAGGGAGAGAGCUCCUGAGCGCCCGUCAGGCAAAAUCGCCCGCAGCAAUGAUCAUUUCGAAAAACAUGCCAACAAGUUGUUUAACAAGAAGAGAAAAUUAACUCUUCUAGACACAAAAGUAAAGAAUCGCACUCUGAAUGACACUGAGCUCAAAGACAGGACGGCCUUGGAAACUUACUUUAUACCCAUUCCACAUACGUGUAGUAUACCGACGAAAGCUCAGAAGUCCAAAUCCAUACCCAUACCUUCGUCUGCACUCAUUGAUUCCAAAGAGUCAGUAAAAAUAUGUGAUACCACUGAAGCUAAGGGAAAACUAACUGACAGGUGUAGAAAUAGUCUUUACCAAGAGGGGCUUACGGUAAAACCUUUACAAAGAUGUGAAAAUGAUGAGAUGAAGGAAGACAGUUCUGAAGAAGGUAAACCUGGCGGAUGCGCGACAGAUCCACUUGAUUUAUCAGCGACAUUGACUGAACAUGUUUCAGGAAUGGAUCUCGAUGAAAAACCCGUAGUUGAUGGUGUUAAGUUGACCACGGAUUUCUCGGAAACUCUUGGACUUGCAGCAGUGGAAAAACCAAUCGGGCCUCGCUGUCCUAGUCCAGUCAGUAUCAAACCAGAAGUCUCUGAAACUGAAAUUUGCGAUAAUCCACUCAGUGUCAAACCAAAAAUCUCUGAAACUGAAAUUUGCGAUAAGGACGCGAACUCCAGCGAUGAGGAUAACACUGUAUUGGCUAAACUGGUGAGUAUCGACGCAAAGAAAAAACGGCGAGCAACUGGACUGAAACUCGUGAUAAACUCUGGGGAUUCGAUGCCCCCUAAAACACAAGAUCAUCCUGAAAGUAAAACAACGAAAACGCUAGUACAAUCAACAAUACCCAGCUUAUUUUCUGCCACGAAAACACCGAAACAGAAAAAUAAAGCUGUUGUAGUCAAGAAAACGGAUUCAGCGCCUCCGUUUGAGGAAAUUCACAAAAUGCUCGACGCUCUUCAGAGCCCGGACCCUAUGGACGUUGAAGACCUAUUUAACUCAACGUCUUUGGAGAAACAAGAAAGUAUAAGCGAAAACAGCUGUAGCUCUGAAUCCGUAGUGAGUAGAUGAACUGAAUUUUCUUUGCACAUGAUACAAGUAUGUUACAAAACCUAAAGGACAAAAGAUUUGAAUGCUGUGGACAUUUCUCUUUUCACGUUUUCAUAUUGUACCGAGAUAACUUUAAGAAGAUAUGAUUUAAUCUGCAGUAUAGCGGAGCAAAAAAAGUCGUCAUAACACUGUUGCCAGACUUCUCCUUCGUUAUUCCGUUUCUGUCUUAUACAUCAUGUUCUGCAGUUUGGGAUACCUUCUGCCUGUUAUUCAUAAGAUUAUUUGCCACAGAUAUUGCUCGGUUUCUUUAUUAAAACUUACAGGCGUUGUACAUAGUACAAUAUUAGUCAUAUAUGGCGCAGUACCAAACAGGUAUGUGGAUAAUUAUGAUGCAUUGCAGGGAUUAAAAGAUCCACUUGGACUAAGGUUUAUUGUUAGAUUGACGAAAAAAACGCGAAGAGAAUCGUUGUUGAUUGGCUGAUAUUGGAGAUAUUGUCAUGGAAGCUCUUGGUUUAACCAUACUUGCGUACGAGGUGUACUCUGAUUCUGUACCGUGCAUCUACUAAUAUUUCAGCUUGGCCUAUGCUUGUGUUUUCUCUUACAACAAUCAGUCCCGAUUCUCUUUAUUUAAAUGUCUUUAGACUUUCUCUCCCAGUGUGUCCAUUUCAAUAGUAGUUAAUGAAUACUGGACAGAUGUAUAUUUGACCCUCUUAUGUUAUAGUAAGAAAUUUGAGUUCAAGUUUUAUUUUAAUAUGUAUUCCAUAUUUUCAUUUGCAAAAGUCAAUGCAGGUCAUUAAUUUAUUUUCAACUUAGUUUUUCGUCUGUUAUAAAUUAGUGAAUAAUAUUUAUGUGUGAAACGGUUGAGUGAAAGGCUCAAGUAUUGUGUAGCGCAAAUAUAUAAAAAGCUUCACAUUUGUUUGGGUCGUUAUUCGAGGUUUUGCGAAGAAACUGGAAAGUUGCUGACAUUUGUGACUUAGUAUAUAAAAUUGCCCCAAACCACAGGCUUCGUUACUACAUACCUGUAGUCUGUUCCCAUGCAGGGCAAUUAUAAAUUACACAAGAAAGCAGGUCCUCCAGCGUAUGGCGUUUAAAUUUGUCACUGUGUACGCCCAUUCAUUAAUUCUUAGUUCCUGUCGUGUGAGUAGUGAUAUAUAGAAAAUUGUUGUGUUUUUUGUAUCCUGUAAUUAUAUCUUUCUGUUGGCAUAUAAAGUUUCUGAAGCAAGUUGCAUGAAAAAAUAACAUGUUGCAACAUGAUUGUGUAUAUUUGUUUCAACAUGUUACAGGUUGAAUGUUGCGUUUCAUCAAGGUCGAUUUUCCAUGUAGCAAAGAAGUCCUUCGUCAUUUUUUCUUCAGGUUGCUUUUUUAUUUUCUUGGUAGGAAUUUUUAAAAGGCCUGUAUGGAAAUUGAAUUCUAGGAAAGGUGAUUGUUAUUGAUUAUUAUCAGUCAUUAUUCAAAGAAUACGAAAUAUGCAGCAAACUUAACUUGGUACAUUCAUCUCUACUCCUACCCAUGUAGUGGCACACACUUGGGUGUACCCUACACCACCUCAAUGAAUGAUGUCAGGACAUACGAGAGGCUUUAUACAGUUCAUAUAUCCCAUAUCCGAUGGAAAAUUGAUGCAGAUUAUCAUUUGGCUUGUCUGUUUUCUAGUAGGCUUUGGUAUUUUUCUUUGUUUCUUUUGCUUGAUACCCAUAGUGUUAUCCUGAUCACUCACUGGACCUUGCACGGUUCAUACAGCUAGCUGGAUCAUGCACGGUGCCUGCAACUAGGUGGAUCAUGCACGGUUCAUAGAGCUAGGUGGAUCAUGCACGGUACAUGCAGCUAGCUGGAUCGUGCACGGUACAUGCAGCUAGCUAGAUCCUACACGGUUCAUACAGCUAGCUGGAUCAUGCACGGUACAUGCAGCUAGCUGGAUCAUGCAUGGUGCCUGCAACUAGGUGGAUCAUGCACGGUUC